GCGUUGCCUGCUUCUCUGUCAGCGUUGACUCCAGCAUAAGUCAGAUCAGUGACUGCGGACUAUCAAGUUAAGCUCGUAUUCGCUAACACCGGAUAUUUCCCCACGACUUCCAUUGUCUACCGAGGUCACUCGCUCAAUACUGUAUCAUAUCUUGGCGAUGAGCUAAAUACCCAAAUACAAUCUUAACGAUAUCUGAUGGUCGUCCAGUGUCACCAUCAUCAGUCGCGACCAACACAGACAUCAGGAACCACUGAAUCCACCUUGGCUGCACACUAGGAAGUACUUCCAGCCAGCAUGGCACCGACCAAUGCCCCGCCAUCAACUUCCUUUGCGAAACUCUCUUACCCAGCUGCGGGCGUCCUUCUGGUCACCAUGUCUCAGCCUGAAAAGUUGAACUGUACAACAGCUGCCGACGUGAUCGAGUUGACCAAUGUUUUCAGGUGGUUUGACGACGAACCGACUUUGACUGUUGCCAUUCUCACUGGUGCCGGCAACAAGGCUUUCUCUACAGGCGCCGACCUAAAGGAAUGGCAAUCAAAGGUCGCUGCCAAUCCUGGCGCUGGUGCAGGUCCAGGAGAUGUGAAGGGCGCCAUUCCCAUAUCAAACCGGGCGGGCAAAAAACCAGUCAUCGCAGCAGUGAACGGCAUGGCCCUUGGUGGCGGCUGUGAGACGGUGGUCAACUGUGACAUUGUCAUCGCAGCGGACACGGCAACCUUUGGAUUAGUCGAAGUCAAGCGUGGUGUGGCACCCUAUGCGGGUGUCUUGCCACGUCUCAUCCGGACUCUGGGUCUUCAACGCGCCAGCGAGAUUGCCCUGACUGGAUGGACAUACACGGCCCAACAAGCAUAUAAAUGGGGCCUUGUGAACAAGGUUGUUCCUCAAAAGGAGGUUGUUAAAGAGGCUGUAAGAUACGCCACUGCAAUUGCUGAGAAUAGCCCGGACUCGAUCAUUUGCACACGCGCCGGGCUGAGGCAAGGCUGGGAGACGGCGAGCGUGGUAGAAGCUACAGCGAUAACGGGAAAACAGGAGUGGGCUGCCCUACAGAGGGGAGAUAACAUUGUAGAAGGCUUGAAGGCAUUCAAGGAGAGAAGACAGCCGGAAUGGCUACCCUCAAAGCUGUGAUUCCUCACACGCGCCGCUGUUUCACGUAGUUUGACAUGUUCUGUUCCAGGUCGUACCUCUUCAGUUGCUGAUAGAUCGCAAGGUCCAAGAGUAUUCUCGAGGGCUCCGAAUAUGAAUGAGAUGUUGACACUUGUACUCCG